AAGCCGCAAAAUAUACUGUAGUACAACAAAAACCAAGGCAUAAGCGUCGUCCGAAAGCCGUCAGGCUGCGGCAGUGUUCGUUUACCCAUUCUUAGAAGAUGGAUUUCAAAUCCAACCGGACGGCCAAUGUUGCCAAGGAUAAUCUUCUUUACUAACAGUCGAAAACGGGGAGACGUUUAUGACAAUUUGCUUUCUGUGCUAUUAUUGUACUAAUACCGCCUCGAAGUGUACUGGUUUUAUGCUCCGCUGAUGUAUCCGGCCGUUAGGGCCUGCGCCGAAAUCUAAUUCGAUUUUUUCCUGGUUACCUGACUCACUUAUAAAUGUCGCAAUUAUGCCAAUAAAACCCUCGAUUGCAUCCAGGGAACUACAAUGUCUGCGGCCACUACGGAUUUCGACAAUGACUUCCUGGAGAUUGCCCAAGGCACGCAAUGGCGUGCCGUUCUCGAAGAUGGACGUAGGGCUUUCAUUGAUCGAUGGAAGAACAAGAACUCAGCCAGCCAUCGGACGCUCAACGAUUUCGACCGCAUUAAAACACUGGGUGCCGGUUCGUUCGGGCGCGUUAUACUGGUCAAGAGCAAGGACCGCGGAGAGUACUUGGCAAUGAAAAUCCUCGAUAAAGAGAAAAUUGUCAAAAUGAAACAAGUGGAGCACACUAUGAAUGAGAAACAAGUCCUCUAUUCCAUCAGGUUUCCGUUUUGCGUGAACAUGGCUUAUCAUUUUCAGGAUAAUGCCAAUUUGUAUAUGUGUCUGGAGUUUAUCAGUGGAGGAGAGCUGUUUUCACACUUACGCAAUUUCGGAAAAUUCCCCGAGCCACAAGCGAAAUUUUACGCUGCCCAAGUGAUAAUGGGGUUUGAAUAUCUGCAUUCCCUCGAUCUGGUGUAUCGAGAUCUGAAACCUGAAAAUUUACUUCUCGAUAAUCAUGGCUAUAUACGCAUAACGGAUUUCGGAUUUGCUAAGAGAAUAAAAUCAAGGACCUGGACGCUCUGUGGAACACCAGAUUACUUGGCGCCGGAAAUAAUCUUGAGCAAGGGCUACAACCGCGCAGUUGAUUGGUGGGCGGUCGGAGUACUGAUUUAUGAGAUGUCAGCUGGUCUUCCUCCUUUUAUGUCGGAUCAACCCAUACAAACAUACAACAAGAUUGUCAGCGGGAAAGUAAAAUAUCCAACGCAUUUCUCGCCCGACUUAAAAGAUGUUGUGAAGAACAUAUUGCAAGUCGAUGUCACAAAGCGCUUUGGCAAUCUCAAGGGCGGAGCAAACGAUAUAAAAAACCAUCCCUUCUUUGCUGAGACAGACUGGAUGGCUUUAUACGGGAAACGAAUACCGGCUCCGUUUGUGCCUAAAACUAAGGGUCCAGGAGACGCUAGUAAUUUCGAUAAAUAUGAUGAGGAUCCCAUUCCCAGUUCGCCGACUGAUAAAUAUGCGCGGGAAUUUGCUGAUUUUUAAUUUGUUGGAAAUAAAUUUUGUUGUUGU